AUGGGAGCUAUGGAUCUCUCCUGGUAUUCGCUUCUAAUUCUUCUGCUUGUUUCCAUUUUCUUCCUUCAUCAGUGGUUCUUUACUACUACAAACACCCAAAAUAAGUUACCACCAUCUCCAAAAGGGCUGCUAAUCAUUGGAAAUUUGCAUCAACUUGGGUCGCAUCCUCAUCAUUCUCUGCAUAAACUAUCAGAAAAACAUGGUCCAGUAAUGCUACUUCACUUGGGCAGUAGGCCAGUGGUUGUUGCUUCCUCUGUUGAUUCUGCUCGUGAUAUCAUGAAAACCCACGAUCUCGUCUGGUCAAGCAGACCUAAAUCCAGCAUUGCUGAUAGACUAUUUUAUGGCUCCAAAGAUAUAGCCUUCAGUCCUUAUGGUGAAUAUUGGAGGCAAGUUAGAAGUGUAACUGUGCUUCACCUUCUCAGCAACAGAAGAGUACAAUCUUACCGUAAUGUCAGAGACGAAGAAACACAGAGCAUGAUUGCCAAAAUCAGGCAAGUGUGUGAAUCGUCUUCGAAUUCAGUGAUAGAUUUGAGAGAUCUUUUCUGUUCUAUGACUAACAACAUAAUUAGCAGAGUGGCCUUAGGGAAGAAAUAUAAUGAAGGGGAAAGUGGAAUAAAUGCCAAGACCACCCUAGAUGAAAUUGUGAAACUUGUAGAUGCGUCCAACGUCGGGGAAUAUAUUCCGUGGCUUGAAUGGUUCAAUAAAAUUAGUGGUCUUGACACCAAAGUGGAGAAAGCAGCAAAAGAGUUGGACACAUUUUUGGAGAGUGUGAUUGAAGAACAUGUCAGAAAAGGAGAGUACAGUGCGGGGGAAGCUAAAGACUUCGUGGACAUUUUGUUGGAAAUUCAGAAUGGAGAUAAAACAGGCUAUCCUCUUCAAAGGGAUUCAUUGAAAGCUAUUCUCUUGGUAAGCCUCUCGUACUUCCACAUGGAAUAUUUCUUUUUUUGUGUGCGCGCAUGA